UAAAAACUGUGAAAGCACAGCAUGUAUUAGAGUUCCCAGAGGAGAAAGAAAAUGUUUCUUCCUCAUCAAAACUGAUCACUUUAUCUAUAGAUACUCAAGAUAAAAUAUUACAAAAAUAUUUAGAAUCAGACCUUACCAACAAAAUAAAUAAUACUUGA